CUUAACUCUGGAGAUGGAUGCAAGCAACUUUUGGAGGAUUUAAACCCACAAUUGCUGCGAAAUGUAGGAUUUGGACAUUUGGAGGAUGCCAAGGAGGAAGUGAUGAUUGUUUUACUCAUCGAAACUGGAGGAAUUAAGAAGAAAUGGGGUGUGGGAGCGGCAAGUUAGCUCCCGACUCGCCGAUUAUCGACAAACAUAUCGACUGGGUCAAAACCGUGGAGACGGGUGGUGUACCUUCCUAUGCGGGGAAUAACGCUGCCAAUAAAGGAAAUCAGUACAAUCGCGUCAAUAAUGGCGAUAAUAGAGGCCAGACAAGGCGAGCCAAGUGGAAGGUCAAAUUUGACCCAAGAGUCAAUGCAAAGUAUGAUAUCAAAGCCCUCAUUGGGACAGGGACCUACAGUCGGGUUGUUCGGGUUGAACAUCGCUCGACAAGACAGCCUUAUGCAAUCAAAAUGGUGGAGAAGAAGCGAGAUGGCAAACAGUUCUGGGAGGUGGAAUUGACAAUCUUACGAAGGGUAAGGCAUUCUAAUAUUAUUCAACUCUUGGAGGUUUACGAUGGUAAAGACAGGAUAUACAUGAUCAUGGAACUGGCUACCGGUGGGGAGUUAUUCGAUAGAAUUGUGACGAGAGGAAACUUCACGGAACGAGAUGCUACUCGAGUUCUUCACAUGGUCCUUGAUGCAAUGCGAUACUUACAUGGACUAGGUAUAACACAUCGGGACCUGAAACCAGAGAACCUCCUUUACUAUCAUCCGGGUAACGAGUCCAAGAUCAUGAUCACCGACUUUGGACUUGCAAGUUUCAGGAAGAACGCGGAAGGACCGGAGAACAAUAUGAUGAGAACAAUUUGUGGGACACCGGAGUAUAUCUCACCAGAGAUCUUACUUCGUAAACCAUACACUCAAUCAGUGGACUUAUGGGCAAUAGGUGUGGUGGCCUACAUCCUUCUCAGCGGAAGGAUGCCAUUCGAUGAUGACAAUAGGACAAGGUUAUAUCGGAAGAUACUCCGGGCCAAAUACUCAUUUACUGGAGAUCCAUGGAAGGAUGUCUCACCGGCCGGUAAGGAUUUCAUCGAUAAACUCCUCGUGAUCAAUCCAUCAGAGAGGAUGACUGCAUCCCAAGCUAUGAAGCAUCCUUGGAUCGUUACCAUGGCAGCACAAUCUAGUCUCAAGAACCUCCAACGAUCCAUCAGCCAAAAUUGGUUGAAGCACACCUCAACCCGGAGCCGUUCAGCUCGUUCUACCCGCUCCAAUCAUUCCAACAAGUCAUCCAAAUCCCUUCGGUCAAACCGUGGCCAGAGGGUCAAAGCCAAAGAUCUUGACAAGCUGGCUAAAGAGAUCAAGAAGGAAACAAAGACAUCGGACGUGAAGUCUGGAAGAACUUCAAGCCUACCCGACAAGACAACCAAGGCUUUAAGUCUUCAACCUCUACCAGAUAUCAAUCAUCAUCCAACAACAUCACGGGAUGACCCUUCAUCAUCAAGGAACAAUCUGCCACCUUUGAAGAAUGACCAAUCAUCCUCCAGGAAUGGCCUUUCAAAGGAGGACCAGUCCUUGUCCAGGAAUGACCAAUCAUCAAGGAAUGACAAGACUGUUCUAUCAUCUAAGAAUGACCAUGGUUCAAGGGAUGGUUCAAGGGAUGGCCAGGUUAUCCUAUCCUCAAGGACUGAACGUUCAUUACAGAAUAGCAAGACUGUCGCGUCAUCAAAGGUUGACCAGACUGUUGUGACUUUGAGGAAUGGUCAACCCAGCUUGAUGUCAAGUGAGGAUGAUCCACUGUCCAAAGUUAGCAGUGACCACCACCUUACAAGACCAAGUGUGCUUCCUCCACUUAACUCACAGAAAACCUCAUCUUCAUCAUUAUCAAGAUGAACCCUUAUGGCAUAAAACUUGACUCAUUAUAUGAACCUGAUGAUCUACCAGACAGGCAAGUCAUAUGUGUUUAUCUCGGUUUGCUCCGCAGACAAUUGCUCCGCUCUAAAUUCCACACACUAAUCGAUUGACCAACUUCAACCCGAACACAAUAUACCAUACCCUAAACCUAAUAUAACACCCUGUUGCAACCCUAACCCUACAUCUUGUAUUAAAUUAAGCCCGGAGCUAUUGUCACAGGAGCAACUGUCAUGUCACCGUUAAUCUCAUCCGAAGGGCAAGCAAGAUGAACAUGUACUUCUGAUCCAGACUGCCUGUGAUCCAGUUCAAAAGAAGAGGCAAUCAUGUAUUAAAGAAAUACAAUCAAGCACUUUAUCCCCAUUAGAUAUGAUUGGCCACUUGACAUAUGCCCAUUUGGUCUUAUGUCUUAUGCCCAUCUGGUUUAAUCUCACUUUGCCUUGUGCCCAUCGUUUGGUCUAAUCAUACUUUGUCUAAUUCCCAUUUAGUCUUAGAACUCUAUCUUACAACAAC